AUGUCUUUGGCAAAUUACUCCAACAUGAACUCUGUGUCCAUUGCAAAUAGCUUAGGAUCUGGUUCACGGGCACCCAUACUUAUUCCUGAAGAGUAUAAUUCGUGGGUUGGCCGUAUGAAUCUUCAUCUUAACGCUAUAAAUGAAGAUAUCUGGAAGUGUGUAGAAGGAACGUAUGUUACUCCAGAAAAUAUGGCUACUCUUGCUACGAAUCAAGCCACUCAAACCGAUAUCAUAAGAAAGUUGGAACUCCAAGCCAAAAAGGAACUUGUGUCUGGAAUACCUCACAGUAUUCUAAGUCAAAUGGAUGACAUUAUGAUGUUAACCGCAAAUCAAAUUUGGGAAAAUUUGAAAAAUCGUUUUUGUGGAAAUAAAAGAAUUAUCGGAAACAAAAGAACAUCUGUUUUGAAUGAAUUCGAUAAUUUCAAAAUGCUUUCAUCAGAAACUAUCCAUGAUGCUCAUGAUAGGUUCAAUUUGAUUAUGGGAAAUCCAGCUAUUCAUACCGAAUCUUUGUACAAUUUGUAUGGAGAACUUCAAUCGUAUGAAUCCUCGAUUGACCCACCAACCAUUGCAGCUUUUGGAGGACCACUUGCUCUUGUGUCCACAACUUCUCAAAACCAAACACCUUACAAUGAUCAAAACUUUAAUCAUUUUAAUCAGACUACAUCUUUUCAAAACCAAUCCUUCCAGUCUGAUUCAAAUGAUGAAGCAGAUUAUCAACAACUGUGUGCUUUGGUUGCAAACACAAAUCUCCAGAGAUUUAUCCCAAAUCAUGGAACAAAUCACUAUGCCAGAGAAUGCCGAGCCAAAAACAAAACUAAAAUCAAAGACUCAACAUACUAUGCUCAAAGAGCCGAUGAAUUGAAGAAACUGGAAAACCAAGAAAAGCAAAAAGCAUUGAUGGCAAUCCAUGAACCAAGCGUAGAAUACUGGCCAACAUCUGAUGACGAAGCUGAUAAUGAACAAGCACAAUCAAACUUCUGCUUCGUAGUUGGUGUUGAAAUACCUUCAAGAGCUCCAAACGUCAUAGAACAAGUAUGGUCUAUGAUCUCUGAACUUGGUUUUUCCAAAACAAUUUUUGAGUCCCACAUAACCAAAAUUGAGACUAGUCUGGAAACUGAUCUCAAAACAUAUCAUGACACAAUGGUCAAUUAUGAUAUUUGCAAAUCUGAGUUACAAACCUUGCAACUCAAAUUUGGAGAAUCAACAAGAACUAAAAGCAAAUUGGAAAGAGACGUUGAAAGAAAAUCAGAAGAUUAUAAUCACGUCUUGGAACAAUUAAAUCAGUCCCUAAUUCAGAAAAGGGAUUUGGAACUAAAAGAUCAGUCAAUCAUUUCUUCUGUAAACAAAAGAUGUUUUAGAAAUGGAAAUCCUUCAGUUGAAACAAGACUUUCAAGAAUCAACUGA